UAAAAAAAAUGUACUUUAUCGCAACUUGGCUUCAAACCCUCCCGCGCACAAGACUCGUCCCGUCAGUUGCUGGUAAAGGUAUCUAUCGUUCGGGCAGCUACCUCAAGGGUCUGACUGGAGUUCAGGUCCCUAUUUCCUCAAAAUGAAAAUUCUGCUUAUUAUAACGAUCUUUGCCGCAACGGCCUGGGCUAGUGAUCCAUGGCCAAAUCGUAUCCCCGACAACUUGUCCCUAUGUUACGUGAACAAAACUAUCAGCGAUCGGUUCCGUCGGAUGCCCAACUCGAUGGAAAAUUUGGUAGCCCUUAUCCGCAAGGUUGAAGCUCACCCCGACACUGUUCUUUGGACUAUGGGUAAAAUGGCCAGUACACUCGUCCACAGAUUCCGUUACGACGGUAUCAUUGACAUACCCAAUGCUGGUCCGGAUGUUGUCCCUGUUGUCAAUGAACGUGCUGAAAGUGACAAAUACCGUCUGCAAUGGAAGUUGGUGCCCGGUACAGCGAGCGAUUUCCCCGAAUCGUCUUUGACUAUGGAAGAAAAGUGUUCAUUGCAUUGGAUGUUAUCCUACACUGUGAACCACACGGCCCGUGCAGACACGCGCGGAACUGUAGGACGCUCUCUGGCCGCCACUGACUCUGAUGAAUCUGAAGGGCACGAAGAUCACCAUGAGCAUCAUGGAAUGGAAGAUGGUGAAGACAAAAAUUCACAAGAAACGACAGAAGGAGACGGCGUCGAAAAUGAAAAUCCAAUUGAAGAAAAUCCCGAGAGCGGAGAAAAUAAAGAAACUCCUACGGUGGAAUCAGCCGAACGAACAAACGACGAUGUAGUGGAAGAAAGCGUUCCAGAAGACGUGGCCGAAUCUGAAGAUGUUCCAGAAGAGGUUCCGGAAGAGGUUCCGGAAGAGGUUCCAGAAGAGGUUCCAGAAGAGGUUCCAGAAGAGGAUACUGAUGCCGACAGGACCGUGGUAGAUACGGCUGAAGACUACGGUCCAUCUGAGGAUGAGGAUGAGGACACAAGUUUCUGGAACCGUAAACGUCGUGAUGUUGACGCCAUUGCUGAUCAGCCGUUAGAAGUCGGUGUCGUUCACACCAAGUACGGCACUGUAGCGGCUGGUCCCGUUCUGGCCGGUAUUGCUGCCGGUAGUGAACCUCAAAGUGCUCUGUUGAAAGAUCUCAUUAAAGAACCUGCAAUGGAACUCUCGGAAAGCUCAAUGGAGAGAAUUGUCGAAAGCAUUUGGGUAGCUACGCUAGCAGCUGAUAUCGCUCAAACGUCUCUGUUGAGGACGCCCAAGAAAAUGGAAAGCUUCGGUCCCGGUGGUAAUUGGAAUUGCACGCUGUGUCCGCGUGAGUACAAACUGGAUACCAGGGAACAUUCCAUGCUGACUAAUGCCGAGUUUUAUGGCGGUGUUGACGGUUUGUUGAUGGCUAAACGUAUGGCCACUUGGGAUACCAGCAGCUAUAUGAAACUGUCGGCUGUGCUGGAAAUGUACUACUCUGAAACUGGUAUUCAUGGUGACACCAAGUAUCGUGCUUGCAAUCGUCUCUACAAUUACAGAGAUGAUGAAAUUAUUGAUCAGGCGAUGCUAAAAGAACAGUCCUUGAAUGCUGCUCUGGUUAUGUACUCUCGCGGCCUUGAUGGCGCUCCAACCGUCCUUCCCGGAGUUAAACCCGCAGAUCAAAUUGGCCAAUACAUCAACACGACAAUGAGCGCGAUUUAUGCUUUUGUCGAUGGAUACCUGAGCACUUCCAACAAUGCGGAUUUCACGCAGUGCAAAGGCGCUUAUAGCCAACCGACCGGCGAGCCUAUACCAGCUACCUACACCGAUCUUACCUUUGUUAUUGACCAGAACACGGAUGCUGCCAGUAUCUACAGCCAGAAAGACCUCGCUUCAGCGCUCGCUUUAGAGUUAGAUAUCCAAAUGGGCGGCAGCCGGAUGGAAGUCGUCUCAAGCAAGGACGGAACUCCGUUCAUGGAUCUCAACGCCACACGUAAUAGAGCCGAAUUAGCUUGCAGCAUCUCCAGCCUUCCUAUCGGAAACGGUGAACGACGCGUAGCCGACACGUUGGAUCGAACACGUUCCCGAAUUAUGACAGAACGUUCUUCUGAAAAAGCUAACAAAAUUGCUGGUGCCAAUAAACGCGCAGUCCUCUUUUUCGUGACAUCGAGCAUCUCUUCCGAGAAGGACAAAAUCAAAUCAGUUUUGCUGAAAAUGCUUCAAGAAAUGCCGGACGUUCAUAUCAUGUUCGCUACCUUGGCUAGUCCCGAGGAACUCCGUCCAUUUGUGGCCAAUUUCGAUCGUGACAUUAUCCGCAUGGGUCAGUUCACGAAAUAUUACGAAGCUGCUCCCGAAAUCGCUAAACGCCUAGCAACCGUCGGAGCACGUCUGUCUUAUCCCGAGUGCAAAGACAUCAGUACAAGUUCCAAUACCACGGAAGCAAAGUAUGUGUACACAGGAUUUCUUAAUGCGCAUACGGUCCAAUAUUUCCGUCUAGGUCCAGAGAACUUUUACAGCAGCAACGAACUAUAUUUAAGGUUCAAGAGCGUGUAUGGCCUGGCAAGGUACUGCGUUUCCACCACAAAGGAACGUCCUGGAACCGGUGAUAACUGCAAGAGCGCCUUGAAGGCUGGAGAUACCAUCGAAUUUAAAUUCAAUCAGCCGUGUGGCAAAAUGGUACCGAAUCAAUGCUCAAACAUCUACAUUUCGGCUGCUUCUGCCAGCCUCGACGAUAAUAUGCCCUGUGCAGAAAAAGACUGCCAUACUCCGGACCAGGUGAAAUUCACUUUCACCCAUUCUGGUAUGCGUUGCAAUGGUGCUGUUGGUGGUGCUGUUUUGUCUCACUUGACUCUAGUUUUAGCUGCAUUGAUGACUUGGUUCCUCAAUCAAAAAUAACAAUAAUACCUAAAAAAAAAAAAAAGUAAGAAAAAUUUAACAAUUUAAUUCAAUAACAUAAAGUUAAUUUGAGUUACCCUGAGAUCCAGCUACGUAGU